AUGGGUCGAUUAAUGCGUAAUAUUAAAAAUAAAAUAUUUACUGAUUGUGAAUUAAUUGCAUUAGUUGAAGAUGAUAAUAGAAUGGAAUUACUUCUGGCAAAUAAAAUAAUUUAUUUAGGUUUAGCUGUUGGUCAUGUUUAUAAAAAAUGUUUGGUUAUCAUAUUACUUUAUUAUUUUAAAUCAUAUUUGGAAUUUUAUCAAUUUGAUCUUGAACAAACAUUAUCAACAACAAUAACAUCAAAUAAUAAUCAUAAAUUUCGUGAUCUUAUUAAUGAACUUAAUGGUAUUAUUGAUCAAUCUAUAAAUAACAUUGAAGCCAAUACACCACAAGUUAAAACAUAUUUAGUUACGUUUAUCAACUGUUAUGCAACUGUAGCAUAUUUUAAUAUAAUAGAUAUUGAACGUCACAGAUCAGCUAUUAAACAAGCACGAUCAAGAGAUGCAUGGAAAUCAGCUUUAUUAAAAAAUCCAAAUACACAAUGUAAUGGUUUAUUACCAUUAUGGGAGACCUGA